AUGCCAGGCGAUGAGGAAAGCUUGCAUACGCUGGAAAAAAGCGUGCUUGAGUUAAAACCGUCGAGGAAAGAAAGGAAAAGCAAAGAAAGAAACACGGCGUCCGGCACUCCGCUCGUCUCUCCGGAAAAACACGAACUGAGGGCGGGGGAACCUUUUAUUAACGGUCAGUUCACACCCUGGCGCUUGCUCCUCGCGCCCGGUACGAACAUCCCGACAAAAUUUCCCCCAAUUACGGCCGACCCCUUCACGCGAUUCAAAAAAUGGGUUUUAGCAUUCAAAGAUGGCCAUCAACACGUCCUUGGUAGGCGGGGUGGGGGUAGUAAUUUAUUACCGGGGAGGCGCUCGCAGCAGCAGGUGGAACGCAGAGAAUUUCAAGUACCACCGAACGAGCCCAGGAGGACUACGCCCAGCGGCCAGAGGCACCCGCCCGAAAAUCACCAGCAUGUACCCUCCCGACCCAAGACCUCAACGGAGGAAAAUUCUGAUGGUAACGAGACAACGUCAUCAUCGUCGUCACAGCCAUCUGAUACGGUCAUAGAGGAGGAAGCGGAAAGCGAGCCAACGUACACCACACCAGCCCCAGCAACAACCGCAACAUCUCCAGUAUCAGCAAUCCAUAAUGGGCUUCUUACUGCUGCGGGCGAUAGCGAGCCACCCCAUGAAGAGGAGAAAACCAGUAGCGAGUUGAUUCGGCAAGAAGAGAUCGAUAAGGAAAUAGACUGGCGGUGGAUCCUGAAUCUCAGCAUGCAUUUCCGCGAUCAAUCUGACCGAGAAAAAUUCUUCGUCACUUAUGCCGAGACGCCGAACCUGCGCCGCAGGCUGACGGUUUCGUGCGACUACCGUGAUGCUCCGGAGGGGACGUUGGAGCGAGAGUUGGCGGAUAUGCGAUAUCAGCGCGACAAAAGUGCGAAGAUAUACGAAGCUAUCAAGGAAUCAUUGCCAUCCAUACAGUUCUAUGAGACCAUCACAAAUCUCAAAUUGAAAACUAGCGGCGGGCGACUCCAUGUCCACGUUACCGAAGAUAUACAGGAAAUCAUCCCGUACCCCCCAGUAGUCGCCAUUGCGCAUCUAAGAUGCCCGAAGUAUAAGGAGUCGGAUCUGGAAUUCGAAUCCCAUCUUUCCGGGUUCGUUUAUAAGGUCAAGAUUAAAGACAAAGUUUAUAUUAAGAAAGAAAUCCCUGGCCCUGAUACCGUCGACGAAUUCCUGUACGAAAUCAACGCUCUUUACGCAUUGAAAGGCUCUCAAAAUGUCAUCCGGUUUGGAGGUUGCAUUGUGGAUGAGAGGCGGCAAAAGGUCAAAGGGCUCCUUAUCAGCUUUGCGCCAAAGGGGGCUCUCAUUGACAUUAUUUACCACGAAAAACAUCUCCCAUGGAGGCUACGGGAGAAAUGGGCAAAACAAAUUGUUUCGGGGCUUUCCGAGGUCCAUGAAGCGGGGUAUGUCCAAGGCGACUUUACCCUAUCCAACAUCGUGAUAGACGAAAACGACGAUGCGAAGAUUAUCGACAUCAACCGCCGAGGUUGCCCCCUUGGAAUGGUGUUGUGGGGAAUUGCACACAUACAUGAUGAGCCCGAAGCGAUGCAAAGACCUCUGAGUAUGGACACAGCACCACCAGAUGUGCCAGAGUACUUUAAGAAUAUUGUUGAUGCCUGCUUAUGUGAACGGCCCCAAGGCCGCAUGUCUGCAAAGGAUAUCAUCGCACUUUUCCCAAAGCAUAAUGAUGGUUACGUACCCCGUCUUGGUGAUGGACAUCGCGACGAAGAUAAUGCUGUAAUUGAGGGUGCUGGUACUGGGAAUGGGCACGGGUAUGUCAUUGGGGAGCCUGAUGCCAAUGGAAUUGUUGAAGUAUCUCUCAAUGGGAGACACGGCGGUCAAGCAGGUGAAAGCGGAUACAACAGCGGGGUGGCUGGGCUUUUGCUCAAUGGAAGGACAUCUUCAGAGCCAGACAAUCAUUCUAGUGAAACAUUUACCCAUCUAUAUCGACCAUCCGAAUCUGGCCAUGGAAGGGAUCAUUCAGAAGGCAGCAUUGGAGACCAUGCUCAUCCCGAACCUCACAGGAUCAAUACGCAAUUUAAUUCAUCAUAUGAAGAUCUUCAGGUCAUAACCGCUUCCCCAGGGCCAAGUGAAUCCGGGGCUUCUGGAGACGAACCGUUUCCAUGGCCAAGUAUUCAUGGGGCCGCUUUUGGUGCUGGAACAGGUCCUAGAGCAAGUGCAGGAUCAAUGGGCAAUGGCGAAAAUUGGGCGCUCCCCCAGAGCCGAAUAGAAACGAAUACAACACAAUGGAUCCAUUACCCCGUCCUACGAUGA